CCACUCCUCAAAGAGGAGACUUAUCGCUGCAAUGGCAGCGAGCCCAAAAUGUAUGGUCUUGGGAAUCAACUUUUACAAAUGAUCACAGAAUUUUUAUUUAGAAGCCACGCCAUUAAAACAAACAUCGUCCUCGCCGUAGUAUGACAUUUUUGAGAUUAUUAUAUAGUAUUGCGAACGGGACAAAUUUUGCAGUUACAGAGUUAUUUCUUCCAAGAUGCUGCGACGCGACAUCAUAAGGAACAGGACAUAUCUACCGGCUCUUGUUGCAAAAGAAUGUCGGAACUAUGGGACUUCAUAUUCUACGGUGCACCAGGAGCCGCCAGGUCCUCUGAUAAAAACGGAAAUUCCGGGUCCAAAAUCAAAAGAACUUUUCAAAGAAAUGAUGGAUAUUCAACAAUGUGGAUCAGUGCAACUCUUUGGGAAUCUUGAAAAAUCUGCUGGCAAUUACUUUGCGGACGUAGAUGGCAAUCUCUUUUUGGAUGUUUACACGCAGAUAUCUUCUAUACCUCUUGGGUACAAUCAUCCGGCGCUUCUAAAUGCAUUCCGGUGUGAUAGGGAAGUGAGAGCUUUGGUAAAUCGUCCUGCUCUUGGAGUAUUUCCUUCAGACGACUGGCCUAAAAAAUUGCGAAAUGUUCUGUUGGCAGUCGCACCACCAGGCUUGAAACACGUCAUGACCAUGAUGUGUGGGGCUUGCUCUAAUGAAAAUGCGUUCAAAGCUGCUUUCAUAUUAUAUUGUACAAGAAAACGUGGUGGCAAAACAACAUUUACGGACGAAGAAAUACAAACAGCACUUCUAAAUAUUCCCCCAGGAGCUCCAGAUUUAUCAAUUAUGUCAUUCAAGGGUCUGUAUAAUAAUGGAGCUUUCCAUGGACGUACAUUAGGAUCAUUGGCGACUACGAGGUCGAAAGCUAUUCAUAAACUGGACUUCCCAAGUUUUGAAUGGCCAGUUGCUAGAUUUCCAGAAUACAGAUAUCCGUUGGAAGCGUUUAAAUGUGAAAAUGAACAACAGGACAGAGAGUGUCUCGCAGACGUUGAAGAGCAAUUUGACAGGUGGGAAAAGAAAAGACCUAUCGCUGGCGUUAUCAUUGAACCCAUUCAGGCAGAAGGCGGUGAUAUCCAUGCUUCACCAGAGUUUUUCCAAGAAUUGCAAAAAAUAUGUAAACGCAGAGGAGCGGCUUUCAUCUUGGAUGAAGUCCAGACUGGAUGUGGACCGACAGGCAAAAUGUGGUGUCACGAACAUUUCAACUUGCCAUCACCACCUGACUUGGUCACAUUCAGCAAGAAAAUGUUGACUGGGGGAUUUUAUUUCAAGCCGGAAUAUCUGCCACCGCAACCGUUAAGAAUUUUCAACACGUGGAUGGGAGAUCCAUCGAAGCUGAUUAUGUUGGAACAAGUUAUCAAAAUCAUUAAAAGUCAAAAUCUUCUACAAUUAGUCGAACAGACCGGAAAUGUCCUUAAAUGUGGUCUGCACUGUCUAGAAACUGAAUUUUGCUUCAUGAUAAACAGCGUACGUGGUCGAGGCACAUUUUUGGCAUUCGACGCCGCCACACCGGAAUUAAGGGAUAAUAUUGUCAAAACUUUGAAACAAAAUGGUGUGCUUGGGGGUGCGUGUGGAAUAUGUACAAUUCGCCUUCGACCGGCACUUAUUUUCAGACCGGAACACGCUGAACUCUUUUUAGAAAUACUCAGGAAAACUUUGAGGCAACUGAUGUCUUGCCGUUGUUGACAGAAUUAGGUGACCUAACCUGGAGUAGAUUUCAUUUCUCUUUAAGUUUGGCUGAUUAACUGCCUGGUGCAUGUUAGCAUCAAUUGCAAUAGGUACUCUAAUCAUUAUAUUAUGCUCAAAUAGCUACCACGAAUGGAAGUAAUAGAUGUGGUCUUAUCUCUUUAAAUCACAAUAAAUCAUAGAUACAGUUCGAAAAUAAUUUGCAGGGUUUCUGAAAAUAUCUUAAGUAUGAAAAUAGAUGAAACAAUGAAUCAUGUAGGGAAAAAGUAUGUGAUCGUGUUACAUUUAAGAUUAAAUUCUUAAGCUGAAUACAUAUGACUGAUUGAUGUCUUCCAAAUAAUUAUAAUAAAAACCAGAUUGAAUCUAU